AUGAUUAAUUACAAUCUUAUGCUGUUCUUCUUAGUUUUAGUUUCAUUUUCUCCAAAUUGCCAGUCAUGGGGAUGGUUCUCUUCAUCUUCUUCUUCUUCGUCCUCUUCGGCUUCUGCCGCCGAGGAUGGAGGAGGAGGGGUGGCGGUGGCCGAGUUCUCCAUGGAUGGUCCUGCAAAUGCGAAAGCAAUGGAACUGGUUGAAAAGGCUAGGAGUAAAUUGGUUGGUUCGAAUUCUUGCUGGCAGAAUGCUUACCAACACGUCUUUGCUGGGUGCACCCAAAUUCUCGCCAAUGACGAGAAACGCUCUAGAUUCGCCUGGCAUCUCAGUGAUUGCUUUCAGAAGGACUCUGCGAGGAGACCCUUCCCUCACUGUGGCGAGAAUUCGGCCAUGGUUCAUUGCUUGAAGAAGUUGGAUGACCAUGAACAGAAUAUCUAUCUCGAGUUCUUGCUGGAAACCAAUUCCAUCUGCUAUCAAUUGCAGGUACACGCCUUCAAGCGUGAAACCGAGAGGUUGGUUAAUGAAUUAACAAGUUCAGCGCUGUAUACAGAGCAGAAACUGGACGUAAUAAAAGAUAUAACGUCCUCUCUACUACUGAGAUCGAACCAGAUCCAUGAUUCGUUGAAUUCAAUGGAUCUCCAAGUUCAGCAUGUCAUCCAAACGACAAAGGGCGUGGAGAAUCAAAUGGACACAUUGUCGAAGCACUCGGAAGCUGUUUACAGGCGAUCGGAAGAAAUCGCACAGUCACAAUCAGAGCUGCGAGCAGGACAAGAAAGGAUGAAUGAGGUCUUGAAGGAGGGAGUGACAAUGCUUCACGAUGCUUACAACAGUUUGGGCGAGGAAGUAGGCAAGCUGAGGAAUGAGGCUAUAGAGAUCGUGAAGCAGGUUGACAGUGUAGGAGAAACAAUGUCAUCCAAGUUUCAGACUUUACAGAGCAAAGCCGAUGACAUCGAGAACAUGGCUGGAAGCUCCUUGAGCAAGCAGCAAGAGCUUUUAGAUGGCCAAUCCACUGCACUAAAAGGUCUUCAGAUCCUCACGGAAUCCCAAUCUGCAGCGCUAGAAGAAAGCAGGAAUGCCGCGCAACAUUUGGUUGAUCUGAGUCGUAAACAGCAGGAAGAGCUUCUUCAUAGGCAGGAGCAACUUCACCAAGUUCAUGAUCACUUGGUUGAGAAUUCACAGUCGAUAUUGGCAGCACAGGAAGCUUUUGAGAAGAAGCAAGCAACCAUGUUCGUCGCUCUCGACAAGUUGUUCGAUCUGCAUAACGCAAUGCUGCUCGAAUCACGAGCAAUCAAAGCUUUCUUCGUCUACGUUAUGUCGACUUUCAUCAUCUACAUGCUCACGAGCACGAAGCAGACAUAUCCAGUGAGGGCAAACCUCUAUAUUGGUCUAUGCAUCACUUUCAUCAUGGAAGUGGCAAUCAUUCGAAUCACACCAGGUGAUAUCGAGCAACAAACUUGGAUAAUCAAUCUGAUGAGGUCCUUGUAUGCUGUGCUAGCUAUUCUUCAGCUUCUACACGCCAUUUACACAUACAGGGACUAUGAAGCGAUAAAUCAUAAAAUGAUCGCGUCGUUGGUAGAGAUGGUAAACUGCUUGCAAAGAAACAAGGAGGAUUCAUGGGAAGAAGACAGCGAUGUCGAUUGGUCGUCGUGGAUCGAAGAUGAGUUGCCAGAAGAAGUUGCCAGUUUAGAAGAUCCUGACUACGUACCUCCCAAUGACAUGACAGACAAGUCGAUCAUAUGUGUUCCCAAGACGAGAAACUAUGAUCUCCGCAAGAGACACCAUCAACUGUUAUCUUGA